AUGUCCUACACAUCUUAUAUGCCCAGCUCCUACAAUGACAAAAUUGUCAUCAAUGGGGUAGAGCUGGUAAAUCGCCAUGAACUUUCCUCAACACAAGACCGCGAACUUCAAAGAUUUAUUGAUAAUCACGCUCAUCUAUUGCAAUUCAAAGAUCGUGAGCCUCCAGCACGUCACACGCCUUCAAAUCGUUAUAAUGAGGUGCGUAAAAGCCUUAGCAGAGGACCAUCUCCAUUUGAAGGCUCCUACAAUUCUUUAGACAAGUUUGCUACUAGAAAGGAGAAGAACAAGGUGGAAGAGUUCCCAGCCAUCUCGCCCAAUGAGCUUCCAAUCCGCCCGAAUAUUGAAGGUCAUAAUUACACUGACGAAUUCCCAGGACUUGAGUACCCGUCGGACAAUACCUUCAUCGAGGAGCUUAUUAAACAAGGCCAGGUGACAAUUGGAAGCACCGGGCUCAUCAGUCAACCCGGCUCUCGUGUUGGCUCCGCAAUGGGUGGCUCAUAUGCGCAUUCGAAUGCGUCGACAUUAUCACGCCAACCUAACACCGCGCCGGUUAAUAACAACUAUUACAACACGUCGGAACACACAACAACAACAACGACGACGGCAUCAAAUUUAAAUUCGCCGAAUUACUAUGGAUACGGCGGUAGUCAAAGCAACUAUGGAAGUCAGAGCAAUUAUGGAAGUUUGAGUAAUGUUGGUAGCAACUAUGAAACGUUGAAGGGCGGAAUGAAACACACGUCGACAUUGCCGCCAACUAGUCCAUACAGCAGCUUGAAAAGAAAAGGGGUGAGCUGGUUGGAUCAGGAAAGAGCGCGCUCCUUGUCUCCAGGACUUCAUCAUCAACAAACUACAACCACCACUACCACCACGCGCCAAUACAAUCGUCCAGCCUCCACGAUUCAUACAACAACUUACCAUACAGCAUAUUAG